GAGAAAAAUUAAUUACGGAGUGUAUAUAUAUAUAUCCAAAAUGGAAGUAAUCCAAACGUUUUAGUGAUAUAUCAAGCCCCAAAUUCCUUUGACCGCUAUCUCCGUGAUAUACACACGAUUAUAGAGGGCAGGUCAUUCAUUCACAACACCCCAAGCUGAUCUUUCUUCCUACUUUCUAGUUUUCUGUUACAUACUACUCCGUAAUACAUACUCCCUCUAAUCUUUGAACUUUUCAACCAAAACAUGGUGGGGAUGAUGAAGAAGUGGAGACCAUGGCCUCCUCUGUCAUCCAAGAAAUUUGAGGCCAAGAUUGUUGUUCACUGCGUAAAGGGUCCUAGAAUCUCACUCGAAUCUGCUGAAAAAUUGGCGGUUGAGAUCAAUUGGAAAGGGUCAGCAAAGAUCAACCCUUUGAGUUCCCUGAAGAGGAGGAGUGUGAGGAGGAAUUUGACAAAGGAGGAGUCUUUGAGGGAAAGAGACGACGGUGACGAUGAUGGGGUUGCUGUUCGGUGGGAUGAGGAAUUUCUUUGCGUCUGCAAUUUCUCAGGUCACAAGGGUUCUGGAUUUCUUCCAUGGGAGGUUGCUUUUACUCUCUUCAAUGGCUUGAGCAUGGGACUGUCAGCCAAGAUGCCCGCUAUCGCCACUGCAUCAUUGAACCUUGCAGAGUAUGUCUCAUUUGCGAAGGAGAAAGACAUCAAAAUUACCAUUCCUCUGGAAGUCUCUAGCCCGCAGUGUAUUUCCAACCGUCCUGUACUUUGUCUGUCCUUAAACCUCAUGGAAUUGAAAAACAAUAAUGAAACAGUGCAAAAAGCCAUCACAUCCCCGACACGUGGAGAAAUCCUACUUGAUGGCAAAAACCCUGCAGCUUCUCCUUUGCGAGCUGGUCUCGAAAAGGUUAAAUUUUUUACUGGAUUGUCCCCUCGGGAUCACAAGAAGGUUGGACAUGAAGAAGAGGGGAGUCCAGUUAGAAGCGAGAGCACAGAAUAUAACUACCCUUUUGACAUGGACUCUUUUGGUGAUUCUGAAGAAGGGGGCGAGUCUGAGGAAGGUAUAAGAGUGGAUAAUAAUUUCAAUUAUGAAGCAUUGGCUUAUGCGAACCAUGUUGGAGGAUCAUAUUAUUCCAAUACAAGUGGAAGUGAAGAUGAGGACUGGAUAUACUUCAGCAAUCGGGAAUCAGAUACAACUAUAAGAAGAUCAGUAGUUGAUGAGUCUUUGGGGCGGGGGUCAAAGCGGAGGAUUCUUCCCUGGGGAAAGAGGAGAUUGAGCUUUAGAUCUGGUAAGAGCAAGGGAGAGCCACUGUUGAAGAAACAUUAUGGAGAGGAAGGUGGUGAUGAUAUUGAUUUUGAUCGCCGCCAGCUUAGUUCCUCGGAUGAGUCAUCCUCUCCCACUCAUCGGAAUACAGAAAAGGACUCAAAUGAAAACCAAUCUCCCAUCUCUGAAUUCGGAGACGACAAUUUUGCUGUGGGAAGCUGGGAAUUGAAAGAGAUUAUUAGCCGUGAUGGGCAAAUGAAACUGAAAACUGAAGUAUUCUUUGCUUCCAUUGAUCAACGUGAUGAACAAGCAGCGGGGGAAAGUGCCUGUGCAGCCCUAGUUGCCGUGAUCGCCGAUUGGUUCCAUUCCAACUCGAAAGAUAUGCCUGUGAAGUCCCAACUCGACACUCUCAUCCGCGAAGGUUCGCUUGAGUGGAGGAAGAUGUGUGAAGAGGAGAGCUAUAGGGAGCGUUUCCCCGACAAGCAUUUUGAUCUCGAAACGGUCCUACAAGCCGAAGUCCGCCGACUUUCAAUAUUCCCAGAAAAGUCUUUUGUUGGAUUUUUUCACCCAGAAGGGAUGGAAGACGAAGGGUUUGAUUUCCUUAAGGGUGCCAUGUCAUUUGACAGCAUUUGGGAUGAGGUAGAGAAAGGUGGGGCAGAAGACUCUUUGGUCUACAUUGUGAGUUGGAAUGACCAUUUUUUUGUGCUUAAGGUAGAAAAAGAUGCGUAUUACAUCAUCGACACGUUAGGUGAGCGCCUUUAUGAGGGUUGCAAUAAAGCCUUCAUCCUCAAAUUUGACCGAGACACAACAAUAUCUCGGUUGACUGAACUGCCUGUGGAUAAAGCCGUUGACUCUGAGAAAAGGGAGGAAGGAAGGAAGCAAGAAACUGUUGUCUGUACAGGAAACGAGGCUUGCAAAGAGUAUAUUAAGAGUUUCUUGGCGGCGAUUCCCAUUAGGGAAUUACAAGUGGAUGUGAAGAAAGGGUUGAUGGCAUCCACACUUCUUCAUCAACGGCUUCAAAUCGAGUUCCAUUAUACGAAGAGUUUUGACAGAUUGAUGGUGUUACCUUCAGUGGAGGAGCUUACUGCUAAUCAUAAUCAUAAUGCUAAUAAUAAUCCUUCAGAAGCACAGCCAGUUUUAGAAGAGUAAAGUGCUUAUAAGAAAUAAGAGUAUAUAUCCUAACCUCAUCCUACAUCUUCCCUUCGUUUGUGAUUGUGCAGUAUGUCCAUGUUUAGGUUUAAUAUCUGCUUUGCUAAAGGGCAAGUUCUUUUUUCUUUCGAUUUCAGUGGCACUUUUUUGCCCCUUUAAUAGGAUGAGCAUGUAAAUGA